AUGGAAAUAAUUGACCGUAAGGAGACAGAAAACCAGGUUGCUGACCACCUAUCGAGAUUAGAGAAUCUAGAAGUAGACCGCAUUCAGUCAGAGGUGAACGCAUCCUUUUCAGAUGAGCAGCUGUUCAAACUUGAAAAAUUACCAUGUGAUGAACGCUCCCACUUUGUCAAUGGCAUCAUCAACAAACUGCUGCUCAAGUACAAUGUCCGUCAUAAGGUCACCAAUGCAUAUCAUCCCCAAACUAACGGCCAAGCCAAGGUGUCUAAUAGGGAAAUCAAGUUGAUUCUAGAAAAGGUGGUGUAUCCCUCUCGCAAGGAUUGGGCUAUGAAGCUUGACGAUGCCUUGUGGGCAUAUAAGACUGUUUAUAAAACACAUAUAGGCAUGUCCCCGUAUGCUCUGGUGUUUAGGAAGGCAUGUCAUUUACCACUGGAAUUAGAGCACAAGGCACUGUGGGUAGCAAAGAAGCUCAAUUUUGAUAUGAGGACUGUAGGGGAGGAGAGAAAACUCCAGUUGCUCGAGCUAGACGAAUGGAGAAUUCAAGCAUAUGAAAGUGCGAAGAUCUACAAAGAACGUGCAAAGCAUUGGCAUGACAAACGACUAUGCGAAAAGAAUCUGCAAGUUGGUCAGAAGGUCUUGCUAUUCAACUCUAGGCUACGACUCUUUCUGGGAAAAUUAAAGUCACGCUGGUCUGGACCAUUCAUGAUUAAAGAAAUAUUCCCGCAUGGCGCAGUCGAAUUAACUAAUGAAGAAGGGACCAACGUAUUCAAGGUCAACGGGCAAAGAGUGAAGAUGUAUCACGAAGGAGACUUUCACUGA